CCAGAUAAUACAUUUUUUUUUCACAAAAGCAAAAACCAUGGAACCUGACUAUCUUAUCACUGCUGCGCAUCUUGUCGGGUUAGUUCUUGGAGACCAAACUCUUGAGGUACGCUUGAGCGCGAUCAAUGAUAUCAGAGCAGUUGAAGAUCACUUUCCCAGUUAUUAUGGUCCUGCGGAUCUUACCAAAAUGCUGAUAAAAAUGGAGCGCUAUCAAAAGGCACCUAAAUCGAUCAGAAACAAAAAACUUGUCGUCCUGGGGGAAUCUUAUGGCCCAGUCUUCGAGGAGUAUAUGAUAUCCCUCCCACACCACUUCAAGCACAGCGCUCUGAGGCAGAUAUGUGCUAUAAUACAUAGGAUUUGCUCGGUUCAUGAAUAUCACCGCAUAGAGCAAUAUAUAAUAAUUACAAAUUUACUAGGAAUUUUAUAAAAAUUAAACUCUAUUUUUGUAAAUAUUGUUAAAAAAUAAGAUAAAAUUUAAAUAUUGUAAAUGAUAAAGUGUACUGUAUGAACAAAUGAUAAAUGUAUAUAUUUGAUUAUAUUAUCAACAUGUAAGCUAAAUCAUUAUUUGUAUGUGCAUCAUUUCUAAAAUUUCGUUAACAUUUGUUUCAAUGAGUAAUCAGUAAUAAGAGUAGUAAUUUGUAACUAUACGACCUUUUAAAAUUACGCGGAGUGUUAAUUUCUCACUCCUCAGUGUUUUCACAAAAUACUAAUAGUUCGACAUCCCGUGCAAAGAAGUUAAGAUCAUCUGAAGAAAAUUUUUGUAUUUUUUUUUUCAAAUAUUUAUAACUCAAUCAAAUAUUUAUGGGUGAUAAAUAUUCAGGAUGCAGUAAUUUUAAAUAAAAAAAAAAUUAAUUUUUAUUUAUGCCAACGAUGUUGGUCAUCUUCAGGGCUGAAGUGUUUUAAAAAUAGAAUCAGAGAUAUAAUAAAUAAUAUUAUACCACCGAUAAAGGUAAAUAAUAAACUAUAGGGAUUGAUGGUACAUGAAUCUUGACUAAUAUUGCAAUACACAUAUUAAAAAUGAAAUAUGUAAAUAGUUACACAAACUAA